AUGUCCCGGAUACAGCAAGACCAGUUCGUCGAAGAUGACGAGGAGGAGUGCUGUCCCCUCUGCGUCGAGGAGUUCGAUCUCUCGGACAGGAACUUCCGGCCAUGUCCAUGUGGCUACCAAAUAUGCCAGUUCUGCUUCAACAACAUCAAGACGACCAUGAACGGCUUGUGUCCUGCCUGUCGCCGGCCCUACGACGAGUCGACGAUCGAGUGGAAGACAAUCUCUCCGGAAGAGAUGGCCAAGCACAAGCAACAGAUUGCGCAAAAGGCUAAGAAGAAUGCCCAGAUGCGGCAGAAGGAGGCACAGAAGGCGGAAGCCGACUCGCUCAGCCGCAAGCAUCUCGCCGGUCUGCGCGUCGUCCAGAAAAACCUCGUGUACGUCACCGGCCUGACGCCGACCAUUCGCGAAGACCGCCUCCUCGAUACACUCCGCGGCGAUGAUUACUUUGGUCAAUAUGGGAAAAUUAUCAAAAUUGUCGUCAGCAAAGCCAGAGAAAAUGCAAAUCACCAGCAGUCGGUCGGUGUCUAUGUAACAUUCGCCCGCAAGCAGGACGCUGAAGCGUGUAUAAAUGCCGUCGACGGUUCUCAGAACGGCGACCGCACCUUACGAGCACAGUAUGGCACCACCAAAUACUGCUCAGCUUAUCUCCGUGGCGAGCAAUGCAACAAUCGUAAUUGCAUGUUCCUCCAUGAGCCGGGCGAGGACAACGACAGCUUCACGCGCCAAGACUUAUCCAUGAUGAACUCGAUUCAGACCCAACAACCAUCGCAGUCGUCGACCUCCCGCGCCGCACCCCCGGCUCACCACGGUCCACCUGUUGCAGCUGCCACGCCCAUGAAUCGACAAAAUAGCAACGAUACUUCGAACUCGUCGCAGGAUGCACCUGGCCUCCCGGCGACCGCGAACUGGGGAAGCAAGGCGAUUCUCGAACGCCGCGGAAGUCGUUCUACGAUUGCUUCGAAUCACCCGAGCCCCAUGGUCACGAACGCCGUCCCUGCUCAACCGCCUAAGCCCCCAAAAGCAGAGGAGCCCCCGAAGAAAAAGGGCAAAGAAAAGGAAAAACCCAAGGAAAAGCCGGCUGAAGUUUCGAAACCUGAAACUCCGCAGCCUAGUCCAGCUCCUGCUGCAAAACCCUCCAAACCUCGCGACAACAGGUUCCCAAAUCUGCUUGACAUCAUCUGUUCGCCUGAUUUCAAGUUUAUGUUCUCCCGCGCGGUCUUAACUGAUGACGAGUUCAAAGCCAUCACUGAAUACCCGCAACUCAUCGAUCCGAGCGGAGGUGCGAAACAUCGCGCCACACGGGAGAAAGAAGAGAGACUGGCUUUGCAACGAGAGGCCGAGGCCGAGCAGCUCAAGGCCGCAACACAGCAAGCACCGACAAAUGAACACGAAGACACUGAGGCGACGGUUGGAGGUAGUUUGCAGUUGGGAGGAGAGCCCGAAGACGGACCAGAACCGCCUGCAAAUCACACAAAUCAACACCAAGUUGCAGCUUCAGGUCAGCAAGCCUUCGGUGCCGGCUUAUUUGGCCAGAACAACUCUUUGACCGAAGACUUCAGUACGCUAGGCUUGAGCAAUCGGAACUUGACGCCACAGCAACAGCAGCAGUUGCUUCUGUCCAAUUUCAAAUCAGGCACACAGACAACAGGAUUGCUUUCCAACAUUCCAAACGCACAUGCACAGCAGCAGCAGCAACAGCAACAACAGCAGCAGCAGCACGGGCUGAUUGCUAAUACUACAUCAGGGCAUGCACGACAUACUUCAAGAUUCAGCUUUGCGAAUGACAGCUCGUCUGCCUCAGCAAAUGUGCAGCCCGUUGCGAACCAAAAGCUGAUGAACCAACAAAAUUCGAUGAUGCCGAAGAAUGGAGGCCACUUCAAUCAAAUGUCACAACAUCAACCUUUGGGCAAUCAAUUCUUUACCAACGUUCAGGGACCACCUCCUGGUCUGAAGCCUUCCGGCACGCCACCUGUCAGCGGAACCGGUAUGUUUGGCCAGGGGCAUGGAUUCGCUACUGGUGGUCUGGGCUAUGGCGCAAACGUCGGUGGUAGGAACAACAAUGCUGCCAUGUACCAGGAUAUGCUCCAAAACAGGAACCUGGAUGGCGGUGCUAAGCGUGAGUCAAUGUUCCCUUCUUUUCUUAAUCAACAUUCCCAGUCAUCCACACCUGCCCCUGCCCCCGGCCUCUUGAACUUUCCUUACGGACCUUCGCCUGGUGCUUAUCAGGAAUCUGGUUCGCAGAAGUCUAAGAAAAAGGGCAAGAAGCAUAGACACGCCAACACCUCUUCCUCUGGAGGAGGUGGCUUGGCUGAUGUCCAAGACCCGAGUAUCUUACAGGCGAGGAUGCAUCAAGGCAUGGCCGGGCAAGGCAUGUAUGGCCAGGGUCAGGGUGGCUUUGCAUCAAUAUAUUCAAACAACAACUACGGUGGCGCCGGACGAUGGUAG